CAUUUUUUAAUCCUUUUCAGGCUUGUUGAGUAUGUUUGGUGAAACAUGCCUAAAAUGAGUAAUAUUCACUUUUGCCGCAAUGUGACAGCAGCGGAAAUUAAUGAUACUACAUACAAUGCUAACACAAUUGGAGCUCUCUUGGCAGCGUAUUGUUCAACAAUCAUGCACUCACCAAAAGUGCAAAAUAUGGAAUCUGAGGCGGUGUACCACCUAAUUCAAAGAGACUUGCAGAAGGCGGACAAGGCGUACGCAUUAAUUACGUCGAACAAGUUAAGGCCGAAUGAACUGGAUAGCUUCAUUGACGUAUUGAAGACUCUAUUUCUUUCAUGCAUGAAGAAAAACAAAUUGGUGGAGUUAUGCAGAGUGCUUUACAAAGAAGAACAUGAAACGGAAUGUGAAACUGUAAUGGGACACGGUGAUGAUAGAGGACCUCCUGCAGUCCAUUCAGUACCUCCUGAUUCCAUUCCUGGAGAGCAACAACCAACAAACAACACUGCAGUGGAAAGCUUGGGAUAUACACAAGUUCCACUUUCUGUUCCUGAGGUUACUGAUGUAACCCCACCCCUGGAAUUGCCUAAGCCUGACGGAGGCACAGAAGAAUUGGAAUAUACAGAAGUUCAGCUUUAUGUUCCUGAGGUUGCUGAUGUAACCCCACCCCUGGAAUUGCCUCAGCCUGAUGGAGAUACGGAAGUUCCAGACCAUGGUGUUGCUGAUAUUGCUGAGUUCAGACGAACCAAUGAAUUGUUGUUGCCUGAAUAUGAAAUUCUGGACUCAGGAAAUGAACAUUCAUCACAAUUUGUGGAAGCAGACCAAAACCCAACUGAUUCAGAUGCAUUGCUUGAAGAUGGAGUGGAAGAGCAACCAAGUUUGGAAGGUUCAAAUGCACUACAAGCAUUGAUUGAAGAUGGAGUGGAAGAUCAACCAAGUGUAGAAGGUUCAAAUGCAAGACAACACAUUGGUAUUCAAACGAAACUCCCAAUUGCUGAUGAGGAUAAGUUUAAGGGAUGCAGUGCAGGGAAGGAACUUGUUGAAUUCUGUUACACACACAGAUUGGAUUAUUGCAACGUCAACAUGCUGAAGCUGCUGCUGCAUGCAUGCUUCACAAAUUCAAGCAGUGAAGGGUAUAAUUGUAAGAAAUGUGAGAAGGUCUUGGAGUUAGUACAUAACGUUGAAGAAAUGCAGCUUAAGGGAAUUCAAGAUGAUGCAUCGUAUGAAGUUGCAAAGAAAGCGAAGAAAAUAAUAAGGGCAUCCAUGAAGAAAAGUACAAAUGCUACAGUCAAAAAAAGGAAAUGCGUCCGAAAAAACAAGUGUCCUCCCAAGAAAACACCGAAGCAUGAUAAGAAGACACUUGGCCCUGUUGCAAGCCUGUAUGGCAGGUUUGCAGAAGUUGAUGAUGAAGGGAAUUCUACAAGUCCACCACCUCAAUGCAAGUUAAGGAAGUCUCCUGCAUCAGUUGUACAAUUUGCACGGUUCAUGCAGUGGGCUUUGAAAGGACACUACAAACUGCAUGAUUUCAUGAAGGGGAAAGCUCCAGACUUUAAUGGAGUAAACAAUGAGUGGAGGACGAAAACAUCAUCAUGCAUUUUUGAUGUUGGCUGCACCUCAUGGCUGCGAUUAGAACACAAUAAAGCCCGCCUAUCAUCCUGGAUUAUCCCUAUGAGGUGCGUUCCUGGGGCAUUCAAGUCUACACAGUUGCAGUUCCCAAAGUACACAUACCAAGGAAGCCUGUGGGUGGAGGACAUCAGCAAUGAAGAAAAGGUUUCCAUAGCAAUUGGCAAGGAAAUGGAAUUAACUCCAUGCGUCAUGAUUGCUUGUGCGCCUAGUCAAGACGGAACUGAUGUUGGACUCUUCAUUCGACUGGAUGACCUUUACUGUCUUAUCCAACGGAUGAGAAAAUACUGCGAGAACCUUGCCUGCUGUACUCUUGCAUCAAUAGCUGAAACUCCUGAAGAAAAGAAAAAGAUGGCCCCUAAUGAAAUUAUUGGGAAGGGCAUUUUCUACAACAUCCUUGCAAGAUCACUCUUUCCAGCUGAUUCAUGCGGUGCAAUUUUAAAGUACGGCACGUAUUCAGGCACCUCAUCUGCCAAGAAGAAUAGAAGUACAUCUGCCAGUUCCAGUGAUGACAAGGAUGUUCAAAACAAAGAAUUGCAAGAAAGUCCAUUCGUAAACUUCUGUUUUGACUGCAUGUUUUCACUAUCACCAGAUGGCAAAAGGUCACCGUUUGUUCCUGGUUUAAUGCGUUCUAUACUAACCGACGAGGUCUGGAAGCUAGCAAAUUUAAGAGACAAAAAAUUGAAUGACGUGAUGAAAGACAUCAUCAAGAAAGAUGCCUCCUCAUUUUCAACAAAACCGAACAUUGGCAUUGUGACGUUCAAGAAAUGGAUAAAGACGUGCUACGAGAAACAAAUGAGGACAAUCAUUGGGCAUUACAUGCAAGAAAUGGAUUGUGUUUCCGAAGAAUUUCAGAGCUUCAGAGUGUGGCUGAAUGAUGUUUAUUACAAACGUCACAAUAUUUGGCCAAAUCUAUUUGGCGGACAUGUUCAGGAGUCUUUUUCAGAUAAGGCUAAAAAAAAUUUGACAGAUUCUUCAUCUGAUGAUGACUAACUUCCCAAAAAUUAUUAAAAAUCGUUUUGCAUUUUUUUAAAUAUUUAAAUAAUUUUUUUGUUACCGAGUCACUGAGCUGAAAUUGUUUUUAUAUUUGUGAAAGUCAUGGUGCAUUUUUUUUAUUGGA